GUAGUCUGCCAUAAAACUUUGACGAAGAAGAACUUCCGGUUCUCGUUGCUUGCUUACUUUCUCCACUAAAAAGCCGAAGCGUGUGCUUUCUUAGGAAAGAGUUUAGCCAACUAACUAGCUAACCUUACAGUACACGUGAAGACUACCUAAUAUGGGUCGCCGCAAGUCCAAGCGAAAGCCCCCUCCAAAGAAGAAGCUUACUGGAAAUUUGGACACUCAAUUCACCUGUCCAUUCUGCAAUCACGAAAAGUCCUGUGAUGUGAAAAUGGAAAGGACCAGAAAUACUGGGAUAAUAUCAUGCACAGUUUGCCUGGAGGAGUUCCAAACCCCCAUUACCUAUCUGUCAGAGCCUGUGGAUGUGUACAGUGAUUGGAUAGACGCUUGUGAAGCAGCCAAUCAGUAGCUCAGGCUCACCGGGGCUGAAGACAUCACAUUGGAACAGGAAGCUGAUUAGAGGUGGCUCUCGUCUGCUUCUCACCAAUCACUGCCCGUCUACAGCCCAACAUAAUGGUCCCGUUCCAGGCCGACUACGUUGCAGAUGUUGCAUUGCAUCAACCAAGUGUUGCGUGCCAUGUCGUCAACUGCAGUUGGGCAUCAUAUUGCUAUAUCAUGUCGUGGUUAGCUGAUAUGUGAAACAACUAUCAAGUCGUUGUGAGAUCUGGCAGAUGCCUGCAAUGUAGCGGCCUCCGACCCUUACCUCACCACACAUCUCCCACACUAGUGACCUGGCGUCCACCGAGACGGUCAGACCAGUCUGUCUUGCAUAGCUAUAGUUCAGUCCAGAGACAUAUAUAGGUAGCGUCCCAAAUGGCACCCCGUUCCCUAUGUAGGGCACUACUUUUGACCAGCUCCCAUAGGGCUCGGGUGGACAAUAGUGCACAAUAUUGGGAAUAGGGAUGCAGCCAUAGAGGUAUAUAUGACUGGUUAAGUCAACCUAUUCCCCUACUCACCGUUUGUUUUAAUUUAUACAGACCUCAUCUUACAAGCUGUCAGUCGUCAUGGCUCCUAGUUUACUGGUCGGAUUAUACAGUUAGUAGCUGCUGUGGGGUCAGUUUUUGUUUCACCACAAUUCAUUUUUACUCUCCCCCGUGUACAGUUCUAGAGAUACCCCAUUGGAAUGACCCAACACUGUGGUAUUGUGUAUAUUCGGUGUAACUCUUGAGUGUGUUUUUAUGCAGAGUAACUUGUCACUAGUGGGGUGUUCCAGAAAGCAGGAUCGUUAAGUUAGCCAGCUAACUUUGAUAUGCAGUUAAAUAUAUCUCUUCAUCUUUUUAUUUAGAAAGCUAAACUUGAAUAAGGGUUGUUGUUGGUUGUCAAGUCAAUUAUACCAUGAGAAUUUCAAGUUUGAUUUUUUGGGACAGUUAGCUGGCUAAGUCAUUGAUCCUGCUUUCUGGAACAGUCCAAACACUCAAGUAGUUUUAUGUCAAGUGGUUUAUGAAAUAUUUUCUAUGAAUAUCCAAGGUCCUUUUUCUAAAUGAUAGAAUGGUUAAGGUAUCUCCCUGAAGACAUGUUGCACCAUUCCUUUGUUAGAGAAAAUGGACUAAAGGGGGAGAGGUAGAACGGUACAUACACACCAGGUAAACAGUAGGUCCAAAUUAUUAUUAUUAUUGAUUUGAAACUAUUAUUGAUUUGAUUAUUUUUAGUUUUUCAAAUGAUAAGAAAAUUGCCAAUGAUUUGCAAUUGGUUGCCCUUUGUAAUAUUGUAAUGACUUUUAUUUUCAAUGUGACAAAUUAAAAAGUGUUGUAUUUUGACACCCACAA